AUGAACGAAAAGGACUGCCCGGAUCACCACUACCGUUACGACACGUACGUCCCGUUGAUGAAGUCGGCCACGAUGAAGGGCGCGAAAGGGGGACCGGUGCACCGGACCAGCGAAACCAGCACCGUCCUGAAGGGGGGCACUCAGACGACGAUGACCAAGCAUGGCACCACCACCGUCCACAGCAAGGAGGCUGGGCCCGGUGGUGGGGCCUCCCGGUGUUGUUCCUGUUGCGGUGGCCGUGGAAGUUCCACCUUUUGGGCUGCCCUGCUCACCAACAUGGGCAUCUGUACGCUGCUGCUCGCAUACACGCUCCUGGGGUCCUUCAUUUUCCUAGCGAUCGAAGGAGGCGCCUCGCAGAUGCAGCAGCGCACGCUGGCGUCCACGAACCGCAACCAGAAGCAGCUACCGGUCAGCCAGCACGUCGGUCGCCCCGAUACGGCCAACCUGACCUUUCCGCAGCUCAUUCUGCUGGAAGCGGUCGAGGCCCGCCAGCGGACGGUCGAGAACAUAUGGGACAUCACGGUGUCACUGAACAUUCUGUACCGCGAGAACUGGACCAGACUGGCGUCGAUGGAGAUUGCCCGGUUCCAGGAACAGUUCGUCAAUCGGUUGCUGGAGGAGAUGACGCAGAUGCAGCACGGUGCCGUUGGGCCGGCCGGAACCCACCACGACCACGGUCCGGACAAUAACUGGACGUUCGCGAGGGCCUUCCUCUAUUCGCUGACCAUCUUAACCACCAUCGGAUACGGGAGCGUAGCUCCGCGGACCGUGCUCGGCAGAAUGAUAACCCUGGCGUACGCCGUGCUCGGCAUUCCAUUGACAUUAGUCUACCUAUCCAGCACCGGCGGAAUGUUGGCGAAAGUGGCCCGUGGAGUGUUUUCACGGGUGCUGUGCUGCUGUCUGUGCUCCAACUGUGGCUACUGCUGCUACGACGAGAAGCGCAUGGAGGAGAAGGAGAAGCGUAUGAAGCGCAAACGCCAGCAGAUGGAGCUCCACCAGCAGCAGCAGCAGCAGCAACAUCAUCUCGCCCUGACCGGCCAGGAGCCGUACUACGUGCGCUCCGGCUCGCUCCAGACCAGUGUGAACUCGCCCGAGAAGCAGCUCACCAUGUUGGCGGCCGCAGCGGGAGUACCGCCCGACAUGGACUCCACCAGCGGAAGCAACGACAGCGACUCGCGAACCUCCAUGCACGGGCUCAGCAUCCUCGCGCCAAUACUGCUGUGCGUGGCUAUGAUGUCGGUCUACAUCGUGAUCGGAGCGCUGACACUGUUCCGCCUCGAGUCGCUGCCCCUGUCGGACGGAGUGUAUUUCUGCUUCAUGGCCCUGUCGACGAUCGGGUUCGGGGCGCUGGCACCGGGCGCACGGCGCGAAUCGCCCGCCACCACGUGGUUCUGCGCCGGCUACAUCAUGGCCGGCAUGGCGCUGACGGCCAUGUGCUUCAACGUGCUGCACGACGAGAUCCUGCACCGGUUGCGGCACAUGGUCGAGAUGCAGAAGGAGAUCCGGAACCACAACGAGCAGCGGCGGUUUCUCGCUUCCUGA